AUGAGUUCGCACCCGAAAGUCGUCCAACAAAGUAACGUAUUAUAAUUGUAACGUAUACUUACCGUAUAGCUAGUGUUAUAACAAUUAAAACGGUAAUAAUAAAAUCGUGACAAGUACGAAUAAAAUUCAUUUAGAACUGCCUCUACCUAUAGCUUUUGAAGAUUUCGCAAAAAGUCAGUUGAAAUUCGUGCAAAACCUGGCGGAAUUGGCGUCCAAGUCCUCGUACGCCGAGAAUCUGUACGAGAUAUGUGCCGUGGAGACUGUAAUGCCGCUGGUGACGUGCAUGAAUCCGACCGUAAGAAUGAACGCGGUGUUGACCUUGGCCCGGUUGGCCAAUCACAGUGAACCGAGUACCAAACAGAUAAUGUGUUCGAAGAAUCAACUGCAACGGCUAUUCGGAAAAAUCGACACGGAAAACGUACGUACGAUUAGUAUGAUACGCGCAGAAAGCCCAUAUUUUUUUUCGGGAGGGCUCAAGUUUCCCACACACAGUGAUUUAUAUUUAGCAAUAAAAAAAAAAAAAAAAAAAACCGCAAUACUUAUAGUAUCUAUAUGAUACGCAUAUUAUAAUAGGUAUUACAUAGUACUUGGCGAAAUUUUAGAGGCCCGAUUUCCCAAUUAUUGAGAGAUUGUGAAGAAUAUAUACAUUUUCGGGUGGUUUAUUAGCGUAUAGGCUUGUCCAAGAAACAUAUUCGACUCUUCAACAUGUUGAGUUAGGAAAAGAGAGAAUGUAGAACUCUAUUUUUUUUUUUUUUUUAUACGGGUAGAUAAUUAAAUACUGACAGUUUAAAAUGUCUUAAAAUGGCAAUGACUUCAUUUCAUUGAUCAUCUUUCAUGACCAUUUUUCUCUGUCGCAUCUGUGAAUCUUUUCUAGACACGCCUAUGUUUAUCAAUCGCCGAUUUAAACUACUAUAUUUAAUUGUUUUAAUUUAAAACUAUUAACGAUCUAAUUUGAAAAUCACGUGUUCGCUGUGAGAUACCACUCGCGGAUUGCAAGAGUUAUGUUUUGAAACUUGGGCGUAUAAAAUAUACCUAUUUAUAAUCGAACAAUUCUUGGACAUGUUACUGUUAACAAGGAACGCGUACCUAUAAUAUUAUAUACAUUGUGUGCAUUAUGUAUAUUGUGCUGAUGCAUUAUUAUAAUUAUGCGUACCCAUCAAAUAUCCAAUAAUCAUUUUUAAUCGUACGAUUUAAAUAACACUCUCGAUUACAAUAUUAUAGUUUAUUUGAGUGGACUUAAAAUCAAAUUAAAUAAUUAUAACAAUAUACUCAUAACGUAUGUACAGUGUAUACCUUAUUUAAAAGUAAACGUCUAUUUUAAUUCAACGAGAUUAUUAGAAUCGGUUACAAAUUAUAAGGAAUAGGUAUAUAAUAAUACUAAUAAUAAUAGUUAUGAAUAUGAAUAAUAAUAGUAUAAUUUCGAAUAUGCACCUAAUCGAUUGAAUUAUUAAAAAAACACAACUCUAAACCUAUACAAAUGUUAAACCUACCUAAACCUAAUAUUUUAAUGCAUUUGUUUUUUUAUAGAAAUAUUACAAAAAUAAUUGUAUGAGUCUCAUUAAAAAUAUCAGUAAACACUUUUCGUCAAACACUUUAAGUCUAAUUAAAGAAUACGGGGGGUUGGAUGCCAUUUCGAUAUGCCUGAAAGAUUUCGAUGUGAACGUCAGGGAAUCGGCUUUGCUGGCGAUCACUUCUAUUACUCGACAAGACGUCAAUAUUGCAACAUUUAUCGUGAACUCUGGUAAUUUAUUGAACAUUUUAUAGUAUAAUAAUUAUUUAAAUAAUUUCCUAAAUUAUUUUAUUAGGUAUAGGUAAAUUAUUAAUUUUAUAUAAAUACUAACCUGUAGUGUUUAAAUCAUUUGUAUAGUAUUCCCUACAUAUCUACUAUGUCGUGCCCAGGAAUUUAAAAUGGAAUGAGACGUAGCAAAUAAUUAUGAUUUAUAAAUAUAUUGUAGAAUAUUAUUCUUGUGUUAUCUUGUGUUGAAAAUUUAAAAAAAGAUCCAAAAAAAUUAACAAAUCUUUUUUUCUUUAUAAUUUGGCUAAAACAUAAAAUUUCAAUAAAAUUACUAAAUAAACACUAGCAAUUGUGGUAUUUUUAAGCCAAUAGGAGCGAGGCAUAUAAUACCUAACAUCCCCCUUUGAGCACGACACUGGGCAUCUACCAAAAAGGCUAAAAUUUAUUUAGACGGGAAUACAGCGGAGGAUGUUGUUGAAUAACAUAAAACACCUACCCAGUGGGUAAGCUACUAUUAUUACAGGUACAUAUUAUUCUUUUUUUUUUUAUUUACAGGAUUAUUACCUCCAAUUAUCCAGUGUUUAAAAGAACAACAACAAAAUUUGAAACUUUACGCUUUAUCCGCACUGGCCGAAAUAGCUAAAUACAAUCAAGAAUUGGCCCUUUCAGUUGUGGAGGUAAAAUGUCUGCCAAUCGUGAUACAAUUUUUAUCAGAAAGUUUCAAGGACGGGAAAGUUCAGGUACAUAAUAUUAAUGGAAAAAAAAAACCGGAUAUACUUCGCACGAUGAGUAGGCCACUAUUGAAGGUGAUAAAUUGGGAAGGUAGAGGGGAAAUUUAAUGUGUAUCUGUAUGUAUUAAUUAUUGCUAACCAAAACGAUUCUGAGCAGAGUUCGGUUGUACAUGUUUUGAAAGGCCAUAAUAUUUACGAUUUAAAAAUAAUAAAUUUCGUACAUUUUCCUGUUUUUCCUAUGUUUCACCCGGUUUUUCUGUUUUGUUUUGAAAAUUCCUGGGAAAAUCAAAAAAUUACCUCCCUAAAAUAUCAGUAAAGAUGUAUACUUGAUACAUUGGAGUAAAAUUUUUGGUAGAAAAGUUGUUUACAGAUAAACAUCAUUGUAAAACCAAUAAAUUCCUCGCUCCGCUCAGAAUCUAAAAUAAAAUGUAUAUAUAUAUAUAUAUAUAUGUAUGAAUGCAUUCAGGGAAACUAUUAGACAUUUUUCAUAACAUUUUUCUAAACCAAUAUUUAAAAUUUAAACCAAUACCAAAGACAAUCACUUUACUCGCAUAGUUAUCAUAUUAUUCAAUACGUAAUUCAUACAUUUCCAUAUUGUAAAACUCUAUUUUCUUAUAAAUUCUUCUUCUUAUCGUUUUCUUAUUACUUAAGUACUUAAUAAGUUUAUUAUCAGAAAUAAAGAACAUAACUAUCAUGCAAUGUAUACACUAGCUCUGCUCGGCAUUGCCCAUAUCAAAAUUAAUAAUAGAACAAUUAUUAUCAUUAUACUAUUAACAUUAAUUAAUAUAGUAAUAUCAUAAUCUGAAUAAGCCAUUAUUACACUGACUACCUUAUUAUUUAUUUUUAAAUUUUGUUUGUUUUAACUUUUUUUUACAAUUUCAUAUGCAGCACCAAGGUAACCGAUAAAUACACAAAAAUAUUACGAUUUUUGUUCCCAAAAUACCAAAUAGGGGUUGAAUAAGAGGGGAGGAAGUAGUUUAUACAUUAUUCCAGAUCUAGAACUACAUUUAUAAAAAUUGUCAGCUCAAUCUGUUUAGUAAUUGAGGCGAGAAGUGUUAACAUAUAUAGGUACAUUCAUAUACCCGAACAAAUUUUCGCAUUUAUAAUAUUAGUAGAACAUUUUAAGUUAAUACAAAAUCAUAUAGGUAGUAACACUCAAAACUCAAUAAUAGGUAAUUAUGAGUAUUUUAAAUUAACACAAUUCAAUUAAGCAUGUCCGGAAAUUUAAACAAAAAAAUUCAACAAAUAUUAUAAAACAUACAAUUGUGUAAGUAUAUAUUGUGUAUUACAUUAACGGAAAUUUGUUGGGCUUUAAUCUAGCAAAACUAUCUCUAAAAGUUUGAUAAUUAAAUACUGUUUAUUUUCUCGUUUAGAGGAAUGCGUUGACACUAAUCAAAAAUAUUGUCAAACAUUCGUUGUUCUUAACCGAAACCGCAAUAGAGUCGAACUUGUUCCCGGAUUUAUCGUUGUUGAUGGCGCACCCGACCGAAUCUAUACGUAGCAACGCAGCCAAAGUUAUCCGCGAAGUGGUUAGACAUAGCAUACAAGUAUGAUCACAAUAAUACUACAUAGCAGUGUAGCAUAUAGGUACAGUGGCAUGCCCAGGCAUUUUAAACGUGAGGGAAUGCAGCAAAUAAUAAUCAUGAGGCAUGUCUGAAUUAGAAUAUUUUUCUCUGUUCAACUUGACUAUGAGAAUUUAAACUUCGGAUCCAAAAAAGCCAAUUUGUAUUCAAUACAUCAAGUUUUUCCUUGUAACUUUGAUUGAAUGUAUGUAUUUCAAGACUAAAUUACAUACUAAAGAAACACUAAUAGCUUAAGUUUUUCUAAUGCUAUGGAGAGGGGGAUAUAACCCUUUACUCCUUCCCCUGUGCACGCCAUUGAGUACGCAAUACAAUAGUACAGUUUAUUUUUUACCUAUUGCUGUAAUAGUCUUGAAUUUUCAUUUCAACCGCUGCAUAUUAAAACCUCCGAAAUAAUCGAUGUUUUUUUUUUUUAUUACCUAUUAUACAGAUUGCUCAAAUGGUGGUGAACAACGGAGGAUUACCUGCGUUGAUUAAUGUAAUCGCGUGUAGUCAAGAAUUUUCUAGUACUCCCGCCGUAUUGGCAUUGGGGUUCAUAGCUUCCAUGUCACCAGUACUCGCAUUAUCCAUAAUCAAGACUAAUAAGGUUAUAAUAAAUUUUUUAUUUCAUUUUGUUUUUACGGGUAUUAUUCCAUACAUGUAAUAAUAAUAAUUAUAUAAAUAUUUAUUAUUUUAAGGCGUUGGUUCAUUUGACUGAUAUUUUAAAAGACCCCAAUACCGACAGACACGUUAAAGCAAGCGUGAUUUGGACAUUAGGCAUGAUAGGGCAACACAGUCAUGAACAUGCGAGGUAUAUUUGGGAUUGUGGUGCUUUAACUGCUAUGAUUGAAGUAAGAUUUAUUUUAUUUUGUUUAAAAGAGUAUUUUGAACUGAGUGACCUAUUUUUAAUUUUUUUUUUUUUUUCCCAAAUAUGUAUAUUUUUUUUAUUCAUUCAGGUUUUUAUGGACCCGAGUUUAGAAAACGAAAGCAAGCAUCAAUUGAAAUCAUCAAUUCAACAAAUAUUAAAAGAAUGCGAAGAUUAUAAAAUUCUAGAAAAAUUAUUGAUGUCGACAUCUCAUGCUGAAAUGAUGGAGUUUGUACUUGAUAAAAUAAGCAAGGUAUAUUUUAUUUAACUGUAUAAUAUUAUAUUAUAUAAUACUCGAAUCUAGGUACAUAAAUAAACACUCAAAUGCUCUCAAAUAUUUAAAAUAAAAUCAAGUAUAAAGUAUUUACCUAUAAGGUACACCCUUAUCUAACUAUAUGGAUACAAUAGGUUUAGCAUCUAAGGAAUAACAACCGUGUUACGCGAUAACAUCGGUUUUUCACACAGAUUAGUAAAAUUUAAAACUGCUGUUACUUAGAAAACAUUUAUAGGAUAUAAAUGUGUGGUACAUUAAAAUUUUCAGAAAAAUAAACUUGGUUGUCUUAAAAUGUAUUGAAAACAUAAAAUAAAAAAUUGAUUUUUUAAAUUUCUUUACUAAAAAAAAAAAAGAAUUCAGAAUUAGAUAUGUGUAGAAAUGAUAUUUGAUCAUCUCCGUGAGUAAAAUUAAAAACAGAAUUUAAUUAUCUAUAUUAUCUCGGGAGUUAUUCAAGGGGUAUAUAUUCAUGGGACAGCCUGUAUAUUUAUGCAAUUUUUAAUAUAGGUUCCCAUUUGAAAACUAAAGUUGAUAUUGUUAAAAGAUACUCCUUAGAUGUUCUGAAAAAUAUAAGUAUUCGAAAAUGUCGUCUUUAACCAUACUUAAUUCCAAAAAUCAGAAUUUGAAUACAUGCAAAAUAUAACAAAAAAAAAAAAAAAAAUGAGGUUAUUUCCUACGCUUAGUGAAUCAUUCUAUACAGAGUACACCUAUACAUAUACACCUAUUACAUAUAUUAUAUUAUAAAUAUUUUACAGAUUUUACCGAAUAACUCUAAGGCACGCCGAAGUUUUAUUACUAACGGGCAAUUAAAAAGGAUUCAGAAUCUUACACCAGAGAUUGAUUCGGAAUUGUAUCACGUUAUUCAGUCGGUGAAUUGCAGUUUCCCAGAGGAUAUAGUACAGUAUGGAUGAAAUACUAUACAUUUAUAUUAUAUUAUUUAUGCAUUGAGGUAUAUUUUAUAAUAAUUAUUGUGUUGUGAUUUUGUUUUAACAAGAUUGGUAGCCGGAGAUUUUCCUGAAGCAGUUAUGAAAACUGUGGACAAGUACGUGCCGAAAAGCCAAUGUUUGUUUUAUAACAAUGAGGACCAAAUUCGGAGAUCGUCCUCAUCCGUAAAGAAACCCGGUUUGUCCGGCGAAGAAUCGACGACAAGAUACGAAUAA